CCUAGAACUCUUCGUCUCCCUCUCUCUCCAAUGGAAUAUCCAUUUCCAGUUAUCGACCUUUCCUACUGUGCUCCUUACAUAAUCAAUCUUCAAAUUAACACAGAUAAAGGUGCCACUUACGACGGAAAUGGUGACCGUCGUUUUUAUAUCAAAUCUCCCCGUUUAACCCUUCACGACCGUUGUGUCUUGUGUGAUGAUGGCGGAAACCCCAUCCUCACUCUAUAUUGGAAGAUCAUGACAAUGCACCGGCGAUGCCAAGUUUUCAUGGGUGAAAGCAAUGAUUCCUCCAGAUUGUUGUUUUCAGUGAAAAAGGCAGAACUUCUCCAGAGUGGAGUGAUGAGAUUAGAGGUCUUCCUUUCAAAUAACAAAAAAGAAAGUGAGUGUGACUUUAGGGUAGAUGUUGUGAGUGGCAAAAGAUCAUGCCAUGUUUAUGCAGGUGAAUCUCCCACAGUUAUUGCCUCGAUGCAGAAUAAUGGUGGCUUCAAUGUCGUUGUCUAUUGCAACGUGGACUAUGCAUUCAUAGUGGCACUACUUAUGAUUGUUAAAGACAUCAACUUCUUUUACGAUGGAGUUCGGGAUUUUGCAAAGGCAAUAACGCCAGUGGCAUUGAGCAUAAUGAUGAGCUAAAGGAGUUCCCUAAUAAUUUUACUCUGAUUGUGGAAAGACUUAAAGCAAGCAAAGAUUGGUUUGAUUCAACUUUUCUUGUAGAAAACAUUGGGUUUGGUUUUCGACCAUUUUCAUGUUAAUGCAUGUUUCCAAAGUGUAUGAAAUUACGCUUAACUGUUUUUAGUUUUAUAAGUUACCAAAUCAGUAACUUCAUUUCCGGAAAUAAGAUUAUGGGCAGUCCAGUCACCAUUUCAUUCA